UGUACCUGUCGCGAUUAUUUAAAUCCGAUCGAGCUAAAUAAUUGCGACGACAGAAAUCGAUCGGGAUCAAUUGCGGCGAUGAAUGCCGCGACGUAGAAAAUAAUGCGGUAACCGCAGCGAAUUGUGUAAAAGAAAGAUAGAGAAGGAAGGGCAGAAGCAGAGAAAGAGAGAGAGAGAGAAAAGAGAAAAUGCAUACGCGUCGCGCAAACAUGGCGGUAAUCCUAUCAGCUGAUAGUAUCCGCCGCUGGGAUGACGGAUCGCAUUUUGGUUAAUCGGGUUAGAUCGCAAUAGGUAUCCCCGCGUCUGCCCCUCCCCCCGCCGUCCUGUCAUCGUCCUCGCCGCUGACGGCAGGCUGCGCGUGCUGGCCUACCUACGCUAACGCUACGUGUGUGACAAUAUACAUACGUGUGUGAUCUGGAUGACGCAUCGACGACGAUGCUAAUGCAUUCCUCGCACGCUGACACGCACACGUAUAACCGCAGCGACCGGGAGAAACUGCAGGGAACGAGCGCGUGUCGCUGACAGGCGGAAGGCAGCAGCAGCAGCAGCACGCGGGAAUGUCGUAAGGGUGACGAUCGUCCAUUGGUCCGGCUAGAGGAACCCGACCCGAGCCGUCAGCUCGGGAGGAUAAAUCGGAGAGCGAGGUCGGCCGUCUCGAUCCUCGCGGAGCGGGAUCGUCGUCACGAGAGCGAGCGGUCUGUGAUGAGCGACUCCGAACAGCAGCAGCUGCACGUGCCUUACCGAGAGUACCAUAGCCAGAACAAUACCAGCCCCGCCACCACCGCUGCAGCCGCCACCGCCGCCGCUGCCGCUGCUCUGGUGGAGACUGACGCGCUGGUGGAUCUCUCCAUCGCGCCCGUCAGCAGCAGCAGUAGCAGCAGCCAUCAUCAGCGUCUGUCGUUGCAGAACGACCAGCCGCCGUCGCCGGCUGACCUGCUACCCGACGUCGACUUCAUUCCUGGUUUGAGCAACGACCAAACCCUAGCCAUAGAUUCCUCCGGGAUCGACCGGGAGAGCCAGCCUCUCCUCGGUCGCUUGGAGCUCGACGUCACGUUCAACAGAUUUCCAGAUGAUCCACAGUUCUCGGAACUGGUGUGGCAGGCUGAGUGCGCGAUAGACAAUGGGGUUUACCCAGAAAGGAUAUACCAGGGUUCCAGCGGGAGUUAUUUUGUCAAAAAUCCAGCGGGGAAAAUUAUAGGUGUAUUCAAGCCAAAAGACGAGGAACCUUACGGCAGAUUAAAUCCAAAGUGGACAAAAUGGAUGCACAAGCUCUGCUGUCCGUGCUGCUUCGGCAGGAGUUGCCUGAUUCCAAAUCAGGGUUACCUGAGCGAGGCAGGCGCCAGCCUGGUCGAUCGCAAGCUGGGCCUCGGAAUCGUACCGAACACCAGAGUGGUGAAACUCGUUAGCGAGGUGUUCAAUUAUCCUCGUCUGGAUCGUCAGAAGGCGCGCAUGAAGCAAGCCAUCAUGGACCAGUUCCCUACGGUGGGGUCGCAUUUCAAUCGUAUCGGUCUACCGCCAAAAGUCGGCUCCUUUCAAGUCUUCGUGGAUGGUUACAAGGACGCUGAUUUCUGGUUGAGGCGAUGGGAGAACGAAUCCAUGCCGGCGCGCUUGAGUCGAGAAUUCCAGCUUCAGUUCGAGCGUUUGGUCAUCCUGGAUUAUAUUAUCAGAAAUACAGACAGGGGUAACGACAAUUGGCUCAUCAAAUACGACACUAGCGUUAGCAAGAACGGAUCUGAACAGGGUGAAGUGAAGAUCGCAGCGAUCGACAACGGCCUGGCCUUCCCCUUUAAGCAUCCAGAUUCUUGGAGGGCGUAUCCUUAUCACUGGGCAUGGCUGACGCAGGCGAAACAACCGUUCAGCGAAGUCACGAGGGAGCUAGUUUUGCCGCAACUCUCGGAUCAGAAUUUCGUACAGGAUCUCUGCGACGAUCUGUAUCAGCUGUUCAAACAAGAUAAGGGCUUCGACCGACAUCACUUCGAUAGGCAAAUGAGCGUGAUGCGCGGCCAAAUUUUGAAUCUGCAACAGGCUCUGAAAGACGCCAAAAGUCCUGUGCAAUUGGUACAAAUGCCGGCUGUAAUUGUGGAAAAAGCCAAAGGAAACGGCACUCCCAGGUUGUUUUCGUUCUCUGACACGUUUACCCAGCGCUUCCAGAACAAGAGUCCGUUCUUCUCCUGGUGUUGAAAACGCGAAUUCGUUGACUUGAGAAUCGAGUGCUCGUGAAGUGUCAGUGAUAUCAGUGUUAUUGUCCUCUCCGCCGCGAAAAAUGUUAUUACUUUUCUAAGUUCAUCCUAUAUUUCUACCUCUCUUAAGUUUUAUUUCUACAAUGCGGCUGCAAAUUGAUCAGGAGGGCGCGGUCACUCUUUUUAGGCUGCCUUGUAUUUAUAAUCUCCUUUUCUCUCUCUCAGUUUAAUCGGGAUAUAAGAUAUUCGUACAACUAUAUUGUAUACAGUAAAUAUAUAUAUAUAUAUAUAAAAUGUUAAAA